AUGGCGACCAACUCCAGAUACGUCGAGCUGGCAAAGCAGCUGCACCCGCGGCUGCAGCGUUUCUUCGCCAAGUACCCGCCGAACCAGAUCCUGCCGGCGUCGGCGAGGAUGAACACGAUCAAGGACGGCGCGACCGCGAACCCCUUCCUGCCGCACAAGCACCCCGUCACGGGCAAGUGGCACGACCCCGAGUUUUCGCUCAGGCGGCAGGCCGAGCUGGUCAAGAUGGCGCGGAACGAGGGCGUCGAGGAGCUGCUGCCGUUCACACACAAGGGCACCGAGGAGCGGAUACGGCACAGGGUCGAGCACGGCCUGCGGGUGCGCGGUACGGGUGUUGGACAGAGUGUCAAGGGCCACAAGCACGAGAGGAUGCUGGCGCCCAAGAUGGAGAAGAGGAGAACAGCCAUGCUGGGCAUGCCGAGGUUGGUCAGAGAAUGGCGGAAGACAGGAAAGAGCAAGUGGAACAGAUACCCCAAAUAG